AUGUUCCCAAGAAUAUUAUUAUACCUAUCGCUCGCCCUGGGCUUCUUCUCCACGUCGGCACUAGCAGCGGCCAUGAAAUACGCGCAAUGGACAAUAGCCGUGUUCGAAUUCCGAUGCAAAGCGCCAAACGUAGUCGAGUCCUACAGCGAAGAUUGGAAAGAAUGGAGGGUCUCGAGCAUUUGUGUGCCUGGGACCUGCUGCGCGACCAGCGCGGCGACGGGCCCGCUGUGCACGCCCGAGGCGUGUGACAAGGCCGAACUGGAAAGGGCGCGGAAACUCGUUUCGUACAACGCAGCCCAGGCCUCGAAGAAAAAGGCGGACGCGGCAAGGAAAGCACGACAAGGUCAGAGGCAGGGCAAGAUGUCUGAGGCAGAGAUAAGAUGGAGGGCAGCUGAUGCUCGGGCUGAGGCGGACAGGGCGAAAGCGCUGGCCGAGAUUAGCUUUGAGGCUUGA